GUGGUGCAGCACGAGGAGCGGAGUACUGCGGCAGCCGGCGCCGCGGAGGGAGAUAGAUCCUGAAGAGGCAGGUCUGUGCUGCGUCUCUCCUUUCGCUCUUUCCACAGAGUCAGAGGUUCAGAGCGCAUCAGAGGCUCAGAGCUCAGGACCAGCCCCGCGUGAUGCUCCGCUUGAGACAGCUACAUUUGAUUUGACGUGUCACUGGGAAAGUGUCGCCUUCAGUUUCAGAGGCACCUCACUGUAUUUGGACCGUGAGAGGCUGACACCUCUCAAGCCGCGCAUCACCUGAGAGGAGAGACUGCGCCAACAUGGGGUAUGGGCGGUCAGACAGUUACCGCGUUGCCACCACACAGGACAAAGAUGGCCGACCCCCCACCAAGAAGAAGGGGGCCAAGGACAUGGACGAGCUCAAGAAGGAGGUCCCCAUCACGGAGCAUAAAAUGUCCGUGGAGGAAGUUUGCAGGAAAUACCAGACUGACAUCGUCCAGGGUUUAACCAACUCUCGGGCCGCUGAGUUCCUGAAACGGGACGGUCCCAACGCGCUGACUCCGCCCCCCACCACGCCCGAGUGGGUCAAGUUCUGUCGUCAGCUGUUUGGAGGUUUCUCCAUCCUCCUCUGGACCGGAGCCAUCCUCUGUUUUCUGGCCUACGCCAUCCAGGCGGCGACGGAGGACGACCCGGCGGGAGACAACUUGUACCUGGGAAUCGUGCUGACCGCCGUCGUCGUCAUCACCGGAUGUUUCUCUUAUUUCCAAGAAGCAAAAAGCUCCAAGAUCAUGGAGUCGUUCAAGAACAUGGUGCCUCAGCAAGCCUUAGUGAUCCGUGAGGGGGAGAAGGUGCAGAUUAACGCCGAGGAGGUGGUGGCUGGAGACCUGAUCGAAGUGAAAGGAGGAGACAGGAUCCCCGCCGACAUCAGGGUGGUGUCCGCCCACGGCUGCAAGGUGGAUAACUCGUCUCUGACCGGAGAGUCCGAGCCUCAGAACAGGUCACCUGACUGUACCCAUGACAACCCUCUGGAAACCCGCAAUGUCGCUUUCUUUUCAACAAACUGUGUGGAAGGCACUGCUCGUGGAAUCGUGAUCUGCACCGGUGACCGCACGGUUAUGGGGCGCAUCGCUACGCUGACGUCCGGACUGGAGACGGGAAAAACCCCCAUCGCCAAAGAGAUCGAGCACUUCAUCCACAUCAUCACGGGCGUGGCGGUGUUCCUCGGAGUCACCUUCUUCAUCCUGGCCAUUAUCCUGGGGUACACCUGGCUGGAGGCCGUCAUCUUCCUCAUCGGAAUCAUCGUGGCCAACGUCCCCGAGGGUCUGCUGGCGACGGUCACUGUGUGUCUGACCCUGACGGCGAAGCGCAUGGCCAAGAAGAACUGUCUGGUGAAGAACCUGGAGGCCGUGGAGACUCUGGGCUCCACCUCCACCAUCUGCUCCGACAAGACGGGAACCCUGACCCAGAACAGGAUGACCGUGGCCCACAUGUGGUUCGACAACCAGAUCCACGAGGCCGACACCACCGAGGACCAGUCUGGCGCGUCGUUCGAUAAAUCCUCUGUGACGUGGCAGUCUUUGGCCCGUGUGGCCGGUCUGUGUAAUCGCGCUCAGUUUAAGGCGGGACAGGACUCCAUCGCCAUCCUGAAACGGGACGUGGCCGGAGACGCGUCGGAGUCGGCUCUGCUCAAAUGUAUCGAGUUGUCCUGCGGGUCGGUCCGACAGAUGAGGGACCGGAACAAGAAGGUGGCGGAGAUCCCGUUCAACUCCACCAACAAAUACCAGCUCUCCGUCCACGAGACAGAAGACCCCAACGAUAACCGCUACCUGCUGGUGAUGAAGGGGGCGCCAGAGAGGAUCCUGGACCGCUGCUCCACCAUCAUGAUCCAGGGCAAAGAGCAGCCCAUGGACGAGGAGAUGAAGGAGGCUUUUCAGAACGCCUACAUGGAGCUGGGCGGGCUGGGGGAGAGGGUCCUGGGUUUCUGUCACCUGAUGCUGCCUGAGGACCAGUAUCCAAAAGGCUUCGCCUUCGACACAGAGGACGUGAACUUCCAGACGGACAAUCUGUGCUUCGUGGGGCUGAUAUCCAUGAUCGACCCGCCCAGAGCCGCCGUGCCCGACGCCGUGGGCAAGUGCAGAUCGGCUGGUAUCAAGGUCAUCAUGGUGACAGGAGAUCAUCCAAUCACAGCCAAGGCCAUCGCCAAAGGUGUGGGCAUCAUCUCUGAAGGAAACGAGACGGUGGAGGACAUCGCCGCGCGGCUCAACAUCCCCGUGAGCCAAGUCAACCCCAGAGAUGCUAAGGCCUGUGUGAUCCAUGGGACGGACCUGAAGGAGCUUUCACAGGAGCAAAUGGACGACAUCCUGAGGAACCACACGGAGAUCGUCUUUGCCAGAACAUCACCACAACAGAAACUCAUCAUCGUGGAGGGAUGUCAGAGACAGGGCGCCAUCGUGGCUGUGACGGGCGAUGGCGUGAACGACUCUCCCGCUCUGAAAAAGGCAGACAUUGGCGUUGCCAUGGGGAUCUCGGGCUCGGACGUGUCUAAACAGGCGGCGGACAUGAUCUUACUGGACGACAACUUCGCUUCUAUUGUGACGGGAGUCGAAGAAGGACGUCUGAUCUUCGAUAACCUGAAGAAGUCCAUCGCCUACACUCUGACCAGUAACAUCCCAGAGAUCACUCCGUUUUUAUUCUUCAUCAUCGUCAACAUCCCUCUGCCUCUGGGAACCAUCACCAUCCUCUGCAUCGACCUGGGCACAGACAUGGUCCCCGCCAUCUCUUUGGCCUAUGAAGCUGCAGAGAGCGACAUCAUGAAGCGUCAGCCCAGGAACCCCUUCAGAGACAAGCUCGUGAACGAGAGACUCAUCAGCAUCGCCUACGGACAGAUCGGGAUGAUCCAGGCUCUGGGAGGUUUUUUCACAUAUUUUGUCAUUUUGGCUGAAAACGGCUUCCUGCCCUCGAGACUCGUGGGAAUCAGACUCAACUGGGACGACCGCUCCGUCAACGACCUGGAGGACAGCUAUGGACAGCAGUGGACGUAUGAACAGAGGAAGAUCGUGGAGUUCACGUGUCACACGGCGUUUUUCGUCAGUAUCGUGGUCGUGCAGUGGGCCGACGUCAUCAUCUGUAAAACCAGACGCAACUCAGUGUUUCAGCAGGGAAUGAAGAACAAGAUCCUGAUCUUCGGUCUGUUCGAGGAGACGGCUCUGGCCGCCUUCUUGUCCUACUGUCCCGGGAUGGACGUGGCGCUCAGGAUGUACCCGCUCAAACCGACGUGGUGGUUCUGCGCGUUCCCGUACAGCUUCCUCAUCUUUGUGUACGAUGAAAUCCGAAAACUCCUGAUCCGCCGUAACCCUGGAGGUUGGGUGGAGCGGGAGACAUAUUAUUAAUGAAAAACCCCCUUCACGCUCGAACCCCUGCUCCUCGAUCCUUAAACCAUUUCAUCUCACGUUCGGACCCCGUCAUAAGGACUACGGCGCUUUUACGCAAUUUUCAUCACAACUGCCCAAAGAUGCAAACUGCAAAAACUCCUUUACAACUUUCUACAUGGCCCCGCCCCUUUCCUUUCCUCUCCUUCCCCUCCGUCGCUCCCUCCGUCUCUCCUCUCAUCUCCUAUAAUACUUGCAUGUGUACAUAAAUCUAUAUAUUUACGAAAAGGCAGCUGCGUAAAGUGUGAAUCUGAUCGAGCUGACGAUUCAAAGAGAGAGUGUAUAUGCUCUUGUCCUGCUCCUACGACCCCUGACCUCCCCCGAAGCCCCACCCCCUUUCACCCGAUCGACCAAUCACGCGUCUCCCAUUGCCGUCUUUUAUCGUCUGACUCAUCACUGACCGCACACACACACACACACACACAAAGCACUGCCUGAUUUUGUUUUUUUUUCCGCAAAACCAAACCAUCGACUUUAGUUUUAAAUCAACUGAAUCCAGAAUCUCAUUUUUGAUUUGAGAAUUUUCAACAGGAUUUAUUUCGUUCGUGGUUUUGCGUUUUUAGAUUUGCGUAAAUACAUUGCAAACUUGUUUCGGUAUCGUUUUUUUUCUUGUUUUAACCAAAAUUACCUGUUGAUGAAGUGAUAUUUUUAUGACGUAACCGGUUUAAAUGAAAAAUCGAGUAUUUAAAUGAAAAAAACGAGUAUUUAAAUGAAAAAUUGCUCACAAAAAUUGGGAUUUUAACGUCAAAAACGCAUCGAAACAACCGCAAAUAUUUACAGAUUGAUCUAAUAAUUUAAACUGAACGCAAAAAAACUUCUAACUAAAUUACUAUUCUGAAUUCCAAACCCAUUUAAACUUUUAUUUUUGCAGUUUGUCCAAUAACAGACACCGUAGCGUCAUUUGUUGGUGUUUGUUUUGGGGGCGGGGUUUAAUAUUUUGAGCGGCGUGAGUGUGUGCGAAGGCCAACGAAGCGCAACUGACAUGGCGUCCCACCCCCACAGGUCAAAAUGAACUAGACUCGAGUCAAACUUCAACUCCAAAAAAUUGGAAUAAAACUGAAACGAAAUUGGAACUAAAUUGGAAAAAAAUUGAAAAAAAUUAAAACUAAAUUGGAAAAAAAAAUUGGAACAAAAUUGGAAAAAAGUGGGUAAAAAAUUUGGAAAAAAAUGGAAUAAAACUGAAACUAAAUUGGAACAAAAUUGGGAAAAAAAUUGAAACAAAAUUAGAAAAAAAUCGGGGAAAAAAAGGAAAAAAAUUGGAAAUAAGUAGUGGAAAAUUUAUAAUACAAUUUUUGCUUUGGAGAUAAAAAAUUUGAAUAUUCGGCACAAUUUUGAAUAAACACUGCAAGAAAAGACAUUAAAAAGACAUAAACUUGCAAUGUAAUCUUCCAUAUCGGGACAUAUUUCCACCCAGUAUCUUUUUCUUUUUUUUUUUUGCUCUACUUGAACCUUUAAACAGAUCCAACAUCUGAUCAUCUAAAUAAAAUCCAAAACUAUAUAAAUAUUCAAACUGAUUUUCUUAUUUUUUUUAACACAACUGGCAAAUAAUGGACUUGAAAUUGUAAAAAUGUGUCGAGACAAGUUCAAAACGUUUAAAAUAACACAUUAUUCUUGCUUUACCAAUGAAAUAAAACAUCCUCAGAGUUAAUAUUCUGAUUUGGAGCUGUUUUAACUGAAUCUAGAUGAUAUUUUGUGCAGUGCGGCCUCCUCCUCCUCCUCCUCUUCCUCCUCUUCCUCGCCUCCUCUUCCUCGUUUGUGUGCCGUGUGAACCACCUUGACGAUACUUAUACAAAACCAUUCUUUGUGUGUGCUCUAGAAAAAUAUAUAAAUCCGUCUCAUGAACUUUGCGACUGCCGUCACCUCCACCAAACGCAGAGGCCGGUUCUGUAUCCGGAGGGUUUCCAGUCACUUUCGCAUUCCCGGAAAAAAAAAAGAAAAAAAAAAAGCCGCGUUGAAGCUUUUCAGGUCCCGUGUGAUCGUCAUGGUGAUGCCGUGUGGGGCUGCGCGUGUUGUGUGUGCGUGUGCGUGUGGGAGACCGGCGAACGGCCAGUAACCUCAGGCGGAUUCAAGAUGGCUGCCGACGGGAAACGAGUAUAAAAACGAGAAUAAAAACGAGAUACGACGAGACCACACAUCAAGUAGAGCAAGUGUGUCAAACUUAUGAAAACAACUCAAUAAAACAUCUAGAACAUUUAAUACAAA